AUGGAGGACACGCAGGAGCGCCCUGCUUGCGUCCUUUUUUGCUCCCUAGACCUGCUCAGAGACGCUACGAAAGGAUCGUUUGGCCCAAAGAUGCCUGCAACGUCCGUUGCGACCGGCGGCGCAUCCAGAGUGUUUACUGCGACGUGGCCACCGUACACGCCAGCAUCAACGCGUGGAGAGGAUCACCAGCAAGCCGACAGGGACGACCGGGAGAGCGGUCCCUACUGUCAGGUCGCAAUUCGAACCCUCCGUGCACGCACGAGCGGCGCCGCUUUCAUUUCAAGUUCAGAGGCCACCACCGGCCACGGCGAAGGCGGUGACCUUCUUUUCGUCCAGCCCGGACUGCUCCUGCGGAGCUACAACAGCGUCUCGCUUUCGGACGACGGCGCCUAUAGCUUGACGCUCUCCGAUUGCCACGGAUUCAUUCCGAUUGCGACGUCGUCUCCUGACAGACCAGCAUCGAGUCCUCCUUGGCGCUCACGCAAUCAUGACGGGGGAGCUGCUGGGAGGCCUGAAUGGCAAAUGGCGGAGAUUGGUCGACUUUUGUUUCUUCCCCUGCCCUCGUCGAUCGACUUCGAGGUGAACAGGAGACAAGCGACAAGCAGUGGCGCCAUCAUCGGCAACUUCCACCUUCUCCCGGUGGCCCAUGUGCCCCAGCUGCAGCACGCACCCGUCUUCAACACAGAAACCAGCACCACGUCUCCGGGUAUCAGGACCGUCGGCCACGCCGACUACACGCCUGGGGUCCCUGUUCUACAGGAAUCAUCCCGCGCGUAUUUCUCAUCUGCAAUGGCGGCCGCGGAUACACUCUGUGACAGGGAGAAAAUGGCCUGCACCGGAGAGGGGCCCGGUGUCGGCGAAGGUACCGCGCCGUCUUCAAUUGGAGGCGGCUUCACGGGUGGAGUAGCGGUAGGGGUCGUUCUUUCUCUGCUGCUUGUGCUCGUAGUCUUCAGAGGAGGAUGGGGCAAGGACUUCUUGGAGAACUUCUGGACUCUGCUCAAGGGCGACGGUGAUGCAGGGAUGAAAAAAUCCGGGUGGGGGGGCUUCAUCGUCAGCAUCGGGGGGGAGAAGAAGGAAGACGGCGUACCGCAUUGCGUAGAUGCGCCAGGCAAGAUUGACGACGGUUCCAGCGACAGCGACGAGACCCUUAUCGAGAAUGUACCUGAACCGGUCGGGCUACCUAGGAGCGAGGAAGACUGGCGGGUCUUAUUCGACACCCUGUACGAAGAUUAGUCGGCGCCGUGGCGGAAAGCGGUGGUCCCACACGCCGCGUUGCCCAGCCACGGACGGGCUUAGGUUGCCACGACACCAUCAAGGGGUGCCCCGUUUUGAUGCAGAAUUCACGUCUUGCUACAGUGGACCCCCUCGUCCCUUCCACCGCUUAAAUCCCCCUUUGCCACGUACCCGGGUUUAGCAAAGUGUUGAAGACAUCAUUGAGCAGCCGUCUACCACGAUAUCCUUAGUCUAGCCGGCAGCAUUCUUGCCUUCGUUCGAAGUGCGAACGAGAGAUCCAUGUAGACCCAAGUAGUAUCUGAAAUUGCUAUCUCAACAUCUUGACCUUUCCCUGGCAUGAUCAGGAGGUCUGACUUCCUUCUGAGGCCAACCUCAACCACGGUACAUAUAUUACGCAUCGAGACUACUACCGCGUUCGCGACGAGUCCAACUGAAAUAUCUAUAUAUGGUAGAACGGGAUUCGACCGCUGCCAACCAAAGUUUCCGAAACACUGGGGUCUUGGUGCACCCAUCGUAUGAUGAGGUGGCGCAUCUGCAAAAACACAAUCGACCGCGUGAAGCAAGCACAGACAUAAAAUAUAU